AUGCUUAUCGCUUUGAGCCUUUUGAGUGUAUAUAUCUUCCUCCCUCCUCUCCCUCUUCAUCAUACCUGCUUUUGUAAGAAAAUAUCAUCAUUUCACCUGGUUAUUGCAGACCUUAAAAAAACAUGUGCAUAGUUGCGUUUGUUUGGCAAGCUCAUCCACUCUACCCAUUACUUCUCUUGCAAAACAGAGAUGAAUAUCACAACAGGGCUACAAAGGAAGUGGCGUGGUGGGAAGGUUGUGAGAUUUUGGGAGGAAGAGACGAAGUGGGUGGAGGGACAUGGCUGGCUUGUUCAAGGAAAGGAAGAGUAGCAUUUCUAACAAAUGUGUUGGAGCUUCAUACACUGCCAGAGGCUAAGAGCCGUGGAGACCUUCCUGUUCUCUUCUUGGAGAGUACAAAGAGUCCAAAGGAGUUUGCUGAGGAAUUGGUGGAAGAGGCUCAUCAUUACAAUGGAUUCAACCUAAUAGUGGCAGACAUUUCUUCCAAGAAAAUGGUUUAUGUCUCCAACAGACCCAAAGGACAAGCAGUUACCAUUCAGGAGGUUUCAUUAGGCAUUCAUGUGCUCUCAAAUGCAAAGCUUGACUCACCUUGGCCUAAGGCUCAGCGCCUGGGGCAGAAAUUCAAGGAACUGCUUUGUCAAUAUAGUGAAGGUGAAAUACCAUUGAAAAUUAUGGCAGAGAAACUAAUGAGAGACAGAGUAAAAGCUGAGGUCAGUAGGUUACCUGGUAUCUGUUCCAUUGACUGGGAAUUCAACCUGAGUUCCAUAUUCGUCGAAGUUGACACACCUUUGGGAUGUUAUGGCACAAGGAGCACUGCCGCGUUGACUGUGACAACAAAUGGGGAAGUGAGUUUUCAUGAGAGGUAUCUAGAAAAGGAGAAAUGGAAAGAGCAUACCGUCAAUUAUCAUAUCCAGAAGCUGAAGUAAAUUGAAAUCAUGGAAGAGUCGCUGCAUAUAAUAAGAGAUUGCUAGUCCAACAAAGCAUAGGUGUGCAUUUAGUGUGUGUGUGUGUUCAAUGUCUUGUGCAGUAGAGGAUGUGCUCCUAAAUUUUUAUCAUAUUAUGUAAUUUUACUUAAUUAGCGGUAUAUUUACACUCUUAGUAUCAGCCUGUUACCAGGCUUCAACAGGUAUAUUGAGAAAACUGUUCUCAA